UAUGGUGAUGCCCUGCGCACUUGAGCCGGGAUAAUUCAGGUGGUUCUGCCACAGUAUUUGCCGUAAUCAGCUAGGACUCAGUUAGCGUGGAGUAUAAAUAUGUACCGUAGCCAUUAUAGAAAGUUUGAUACACAUCCAAUAAACAAACCUUUACAACUUUAUGCAAUUUCCUUUCUCGUCGGCGACUUUGCUAUUUUCUUUUCUGCGAUUUCUUUCGAGCUGAUCAAGGACGUCUCACAUUCGAGCGACUUGGUUUGCUGGUAAGUUUUCAUUUUACCGAAUUCAUCUAAGCUUUAGUUCAACCGGCGUAUCGCUGUUGCUUCCUUCAGAUUUAUUCACAAUUUGCCGAUAUCUCCUAGAUCUAUAGGUUUCCUGUAGUUUUAGUUUUUAUCAAAUCUAUCUUGCUCAUAAUUUGUUUAAUCGGCUGUUAAUUCUUUUGCUUUUACGUCAAAUCUUGUAGAGCCGAUUAGAUCUGUUGUGAGCUUAGCUUUGCUCAAACCCACACAUUCGUGGUUUUGUGCAUUGUUUCUUGGCACGAGUCGGUUAGAUUUAGCUGUCUGUUGCUACUUGUAUCGAUAGUUUCUUGCCGAUUCCCUGCAAAUUGCUUUAUUACCUGCUUACUCCGAUCGAUCUGUUGUUUUCUGUAUUGGCAGACGAUACACUGUGUGAGAGUUAUUCGGAAAUCCAGCCGAUACGCUCUCAAAUUUGACGGUUUGUUGAUUCCUUGUCAAUUUACAGGUCAAAUUGACUGACACGCCUCGGUUUGAAGCAGUUGUAGUCUGAGCUUGGCGAACGGUGCUCUCGGGUUUGGUGUGUCGAUCUUUCGCGUCAAUAGAUGCCGGUGGAGUGGACCGAGUUGGUGGGGCCCCUGCUCGCCUUGGCCGCUAAUGUGGCGGCUUGGGCGGGAGAAGCUCAGCGCUACAGGAAGAAGUGCCGACUCCUUCAGAGUCGCGUGCAAAUGAUCUGGGCCCACCUGAAUGCUCUGCAGCAAACACAAUGGACGCCGGACCCGCUGGCGACCAAGGACACGCUGAACUACCUUGACGAAGUCCUCCACCGCGCCGAGGUCCUCCUGGAGUCCUGCCGUCGCAAGACGACGACCUUCGAUUUCCUGUAUGCUUUCAAGAACCAGGGCGAGUUCGCCUUCGUGAAUGAACAGAUCAGCCACAUCUUGGAGACCUUCCACCUGUCCAACCAUACCCUGCUUCUUCUCGAUCAUAACAACCGCAUCUUCAUGGUCGUGUUUGACACGCUAAUCGAAGAUGGCGCCUGCAGGCGCCUACCACAGGGAAAAAGGGGUGUGGUGGAGGAAUCUUUGAGCAGAUUGCGGGAUAUUGACAUUGACAAGAUGCCACCGGACCAGAGGAGCAGGCUGCAACGGAUAAGAAGGGAGCUAAGAGCGGGAUCAUCACCCCCGCGACAAAGCAGCGACGCAGCGAGCGCGUCAUCAGGAAACAGGGGCCAGCAGCACCAGAAGGAUCCUGUGCUGGCCCAAGUUAACGACUUGGCGAGGGCAAUCGUGGAGGAGGCCAAGGCUGCGCGGAGCCACAACAAGGAGGAGGUCCAGCGGGUGGCCCAACUCGCCGAGAAGGUGAUCUACCACCUCCUGCCCUAUCUGCGGCCUCCCCUGUUGACGCGGAAUCAAGAUACGAUCACGGAGCUCCUGGACAACCUCCGAACCACGACGCAGCACAGGCCCCUUCACUGCGGCCCUUCGGCCCUGAUGCCCAGCAGCUCCUGGAGGGAGCAAGCCGAACGUCUAGUGGAGCUUGGGAACGGCAUAGAGCGGAGCUAUCAAGCCCUCAUGAUCAACGCCGUGCUCGUGCAAAACAUUAUGCGCAGCGCGUAACCUGCACGAAAGUCACGCUGCGCACAUUGUAUAUAUAUUCCUCGCAUAUUAUAUAUAUUUUUAUACGUAUCGAAAAUAUGUUUGUGCAACGGGAAUAGCAGCCCAUGGUCGUGGAGCCGUCA